AUGCAACAUGGGAAGGUUGUAGCUUAUGCAUCAAGGCAGCUCAAGCAACAUGAACAGAAUUACCCUACUCAUGAUUUGGAGCUAGGAGCUGUAGUGUUUGCUCUCAAGAUCUGGAGACACUACUUGUAUGGUGUGAGAUGUAAGGUGUAUACAGACCACAAGAGUCUUAAAUACAUAUUCACACAGAAUCAUUUGAAAAUGAGGCAAAGGAGAUGGAUUGAGGUGCUAACCGACUACAACCCGGACAUUCUAUAUCACGAAGGAAAGGCGAACAAGGUAGCUGAUGCUUUGAGUAGGAAGAUAAGUCAUACAGUGAACUUGAUGAUUUUAGCCAAGGAACUUUGUGAAGAAUUUAGGAAGUUGAACUUGGAGGUUGUGGAAUAUGGCCAGGUGAACGUUCAGUUGAAUGCAAUGUCAGUCAAACCUACCAUGUAUGAUGAGAUUCGUGAGAAGAAAAUGUUAGAUGAGUGGUUGACCAACGUGAGAAAGAUGAAAGACGAAGGAGCAACAACUGAGUUUGAUGUAGAUGAUAGUGGAGCAGUGAAAUACAAAGGGAGAUGGUGUAUUCCUAAAAAUGAAGAUCUUAAAAGGAAUAUUUCCCCUUUAAGUCAUAUCUUAAAAGUGAAAUGCGUAAGAUAUGGAACUGAGAUUGAAUUUAAGCGAUGCAUUGUGGUUCUCUUUCCCAGGGAUGUUGGUGAGUUGAAUAAUGAUUGUGGACACAACUUACACAAUUCGGGAACAAGUAGAUGUAUAGGUGCAGCUGCAUUACCUCAUCCAAAAGUAGGGAUGUAG